UAAAUGUCAUGGCGCUGUCGAUCAACACAGUAUUGGUCGGUCUUUGUUGUUUUCGGUGUUCGAUCACUAGUUCUGUGCUGUGUAUCACAGUUGACACUCGUUAUUUCGUUGCUGGUGAAUCAAUAACAUGACAUGGGAAUGUCAACAUAAAAUUUAAUCGCAAAAAGUACACACAAGACACAAUACAAGGAAUAGAUAUCGUAUAAGAGGUACAUAUACUAGGCAAUAUAAAGGAAGUCAAAUUAAGUCAAUUCGGCGAUCAUUCUUCAAAUAAAUACCCGCAAUAAACCAUAUAGUUGAGAGUAGCGGUGAAAUUAUGAAUGUUAAUUUGGACGUUGUUUGUUGUUGAAUCAAAUUUCAUCGACGAAUUAACAAGCGAUGAACGUUGUGGUUUUAAUAUCCAGUUCUGUAGAAUUCUUACUCAUAGUUCGGAUAAUUUAAAAAAAUUUGUUGUACGUGUAUGAAUUUUUAAGUAAGUGUGGCCAAAAAAAAAAUGAGCGCAGAAACAUUGCCGUCAAAUUCGAGCAGUGAUCGAGGUGAAUCACAAUCAGGCACAGAAGAAGCAAUGGACGUGAGUGCAUAUGUACGUGCUCUUCCAGAGGAUGAGCGCAUCAAUCUGUGCUAUCAUCUUGACCAGAACAAUGCGUGGGAAAAAGUAGCGCGACAAAUGGGAUACACAUUAAACGAUAUAAUGGAAAUCAUGAAAAUGGCUCAGGAUAAACACAUCUCACCAGCCGAGCAACUAUUAUCAGUAUGGGGUGAUGCAAAUCAUACCGUCACCGAAUUGUUUAUGAUUUUACGCAGUAUCGAUCAACAUUCCGCUAUGGAUUGCUUAAAAAAAUUUGUUGACGAAAGGUAUCAUCGACUUAUUUCGGACGAGUUACCAGAUUUGAAUGCAUUACUUGGCAGAAUAUCUGGACAAACUAAAAUCAAUAACAACGCAACGUCGAGGAAGAUUUCAAAUGGAUCGGAUAUGAGUGAAACCGCAAGUGAAAGUGAAUUGAACACGGAAUCCAUUGAAGAGUCCAGCAAAAUAGUCGGACAUUGCACUAAGAAAAUCGAAGAUCUGGUCAGUCGAAUACCAACAAUUUUGUAUUCCGAUUUGGCUUUGGCCACGGGAUUCUGGAGCAAAGAGAAUAUAUUGGGUCGUGGUGGAUUUGGAACCGUGUUCAAGGGACGAUGGAAGUAUACGGAUGUUGCCAUAAAGAAAAUCGAAUACAAAAGUGACGAUAUGAAGAAGAAUGCAAAGGUUCAAAUGCAGCAAAGCUUAAACGAAUUGCGAUAUUUGAAUUCGUGUCGACACGACAAUAUUUUACCACUCUAUGGAUACAGCGUGGAUGGCCCAGAACCGUGUCUAGUUUAUCAAUUCAUGGCAGGUGGUUCAGUGGAGCGAAGAUUAUAUGUGAAAACGGCUGGUCAUUUGUCAUUUACUCAACGAAAGAGGAUUGCUUUGGGAACGGCACGUGGCCUCCAAUACCUACACACAUAUCUGAACGGAAAACCACUGAUACAUGGUGACAUAAAACCAGCAAAUAUCUUGCUCGAUCCUUGUUGCAUGCCGAGAAUCGGUGAUUUUGGAUUGGUAAGAGAAGGAUCCGACGAACUAAUGGCAGUAUCCAGUGUUUAUGGAACGAGACCGUAUUUGCCAAUGGAAUUUUUGGCCAAUCGUAUAUUUUCCACUAAAAUUGAUACAUUCAGCUACGGAGUGGUUAUAUUCGAAUUAUUCACCGCACUGAAAGCGUAUGACACGAAUCGUGGAGCAGAUAAAGCAUUCUUAGCCAAAUUUAUGUGGCUUAAAUGCCAGAACAAUGAACAAAUGGCACCUCUCAUCGAUGAAACACUGGAUCCAGCCACAGUGUCUAUGCCACUGUAUGAAACACUCAUGAAAAUCGGACUGGUGUGCACGCAUGAAAAUGCUGCGAAUAGACCCGAAAUGGUUGAAGUACUUAAUGUUCUCGAAAAAAUGAUAGACAAGGACGAGAGGAUUAAUUACUAGUAUUUUUAUGUAUCAACUAUAAAUGCCUUAAUUCCAAAUAUGGAAUGUGAUUUUAUUCCAAAUGUUCAAGAAUUCAUUCCACUGUAUCCUUUCGGACUUAACAAAAAAAUAAACAACGUUUAUAUUCAAA